AUGGGCAAGGAGCAACAGCCUAUGUGGGUUUAUAAUGACAAAACUGAGGGCAGUGGUCAUCCAUGGUUGGCACUUGAUGGUCACAGCAUCAAGUUAUUCCAAAUUUUCUUUGUUAACAACACUUCUAUUCCCCUUUCCUAUAAUGUUUUUGUCCAUAUUCUGGACAUGUCUGACCCCAAGGAAUUUGCUGAACAGUUAAAAAAUGAACGCAGAUUACAUGUCUUGGUAAAAGGAGAACUUCUGAACGGAGAAAUGUUAGUUCAGAAAUUAAAUGUAUCAGACUUGCAGUCAAGAAAUGUGACACUUGAUGGCACAAUGCAGAAUAAGAGACAGCAAAUAGUCUUGCCAGAACAGUGGGCUAGAGCACAUUUCAGCAUUCACUUUUCUUCCAUGCAGCCUGGCUGGGCAGCUACUCCAGCAAUGAGGUAAUCUUUGUCAGAUUUCUAUGGAAAGAUGAACAGAUUAUGGACAGAGGCUCAGCAGGCUGACACUGUAGUAUGGCUUGCAGUCUCCCAUGCAGCAGGCAAGCAAGCUGCCAGUUUUUCCAAUGUAAAGACUUCCUGUUCAACCCACUUACCACUGGCACAGGCAAAAUCUUCACCUGGUGAAGAAAAACUGAUACAGGCUGUUGAAGAGCUCUCUCAGCAGUUUAAACCCAGAUAA